GUUGACGCGAAAUAAAGGACCUGGAUCUUCUCGCGCUACUUUUUUCAUCUUUUGUGGCAGAAUCGCGAAUAAUGAAAUGAGAUUCUGCUUUUUGUUCGCUGAUUUUGAAUAAACCACGACCCUUUAUUUGGCAAUUUUUUCUUCUGACAGCGGCAGCAACAACCAAAGGUGGAUACUACAAGUAGAGACCACGAUAGUUGAUUACGAUUGAAGGCGUCGUCGAGCAGAUAGAAGUAUCAGAAUGAUAUUACCCCAAUCUCGUCCCUUCUCCUGAGCUCGUUUAUCAAGGAGGUUGUGCGCGACAAACAACUUUUCUUUUUACUACUCCAUCAUUUGUUUUCUUCAAAACCUUCCCGAUCAUGAGCGACAACAAGAUCUUCGUGGGCAACCUGCCCCACUUUAUCAGCGACGAGAACCUGCGCACCAGGUUUAGCCAGCACGGGAACAUCCGCGACUUCUACUAUUGCAAGGACAUCCUUGGGUCCGACCGCGGGUGGGCCACCAUCACCUAUAUGAACAGCGACGAAGCGGCGACCGCAAUCGGAGUAGAAGACGGGGUGGACGACCCGUUUCCCGGCAGCGAAAGGCCACUACACGUGAAGUUCUUCAACACACCAUUAACCAGUCGAGAGGGCACGGUGUUCGAUUUGAGGCCGAAGAAUCAAAAGGUAGUUGUAAGUAUUAAGUAGUGCUGCAUUUAGUAUGUUACCACAGGAGCUUUCCUGUUGCUGCUGUUCUCGUUGCUCAUUUGAAUAGUGCAGUAUGUAGGUAGGAUUGGCAUGUGUGUACUUGCGCUUGCUAAAAAUGCAGUAGCGCCGUCACCCCCAGGAAAUAAAACCAAAAUGCUUUCGAAAAACAGAGCGCUUUAUUUCCUGUUCUAUGAUGUGCUUCAUCUCCCUUCCAAUUCCAAACCUAAACCUUCCAAACCCCCAGGUCUUGACUCCCUGGACGGAAAACGAGGACGAGCACGGGACGAAAUUUUACGUAAACCUCCUCACCGAAGAGUCCUCCUGGGAGCGGCCCGCGGAGCUCGACCUUUUUGUCCAGCACCCGAACGGGGCAAAUGUGAUCAUGGACAGCGGCGUGGGGCUGCUCGACGAGGAGAACGAGCAAGGCGCCAUGAAAUACCCGGACGGCCGAGUCGUCGGCGCGGAGGAGGGCGGGUUGAAAGCCCUCACCGGGAACCUAAACCGGUCGGUGCCGAGCGCCUGCGGGUCCGGCGACCUGGGACCACCCGGGUGCAACCUGUUCAUCCACGGAAACCUGUCCAACGUCACGGAUACCAUGGCCUACGAAGCCUUCAAGGACCACGGACAGCUCGUGGGGUGCAAGGUAUCUUGUACUUUCAUGGAGUUUUAUUUUUUGACGUUGGUUCAUGAUACACAACCGACAAAUUGUGGUUGAUUGCUUCUUUCAAAAAAGUUCAGGCGUGGAAAAAUAUAUUACGGUAUAGCUUGUCCGUGCACAACGAACUGCGUGAUCUUCGAAAUCUGUCGACUUUUUGCCUCAGAUGUUGAAAUGUACGUGAGAAAAAAAGCCGGAGCGGCUCCUCGUAGCUGCCUGUACCUGUAGUUCACCCAAUUUAUCGAAAUAAAACUAACAGAUCCACAUCCCGGCCGCCAACAACGGGUUUGGUUACAUAUCGUACAGCGAGCCGGCCGCGUGCGUGGCCGCCAUCAAGGAGCUCAAUCUGAAUGACGUGUUUGGCACCGGUGCACCCCUGAAAAUCAUGUUGAAGAAGGGGGAGGAAACUUUCAACAAGGACGCACAGAAAGCCAUCGAAGAAGGUUUGGUGGCGGGGAUGAAAAAAGUCGAUAUUUAGAUGGUGAAAGGAUCUUCCUCUCAGUCGCUACGCGGACGACAGGAAUUAUGGCUUCUUCUUCACACCCGAUGUCACAUGAAGACCGCUUUCAUGAUUUUUUUUCUGUCUUUGGAUUGGAAAUGAAGAAAGUGCCGUGUCACGAAUGGCUUCCACUGCGCGUAGCAGAUGACAAGUAGUACCCUGAGAAUGCUCAAGCAGUCGCGCAGCCGGCAACUGUACGCCUUCA